CGUGUUGCGGCAAUGUCUGUCGCGAAACGGGUCAGUGAAGAAAUGGGCUGCCGUCUGGGCUCUGAAGUUGGCUACACCAUUCGAUUUGAGGAUUGUACCAGUCAAGACACGAUAAUCAAGUACAUGACUGAUGGAAUGUUACUACGAGAGUGCUUGCUGGAUCCCGAUUUGGAAGCGUAUUCUGUAAUUAUGCUGGACGAAGCGCACGAAAGGACCAUUCACACGGAUGUUUUGUUUGGGCUUCUGAAAGCGGCCGUGAAAAAGAGACCGGAACUGAAACUGAUCGUUACAAGUGCCACAUUGGAUGCAGUAAAAUUCUCGGAAUAUUUCUAUGAAGCACCAAUAUUUACAAUACCUGGAAGGACGUUCCCUGUCGAAAUUCUUUAUACACGAGAACCGGAGACAGAUUAUUUGGAUGCAGCACACAUAACCGUCAUGCAAAUACAUCUUACCGAGCCUCCUGGCGAUAUUCUUGUUUUCCUCACUGGGCAGGAGGAAAUUGACACGUCCUGUGAAGUGCUGUACGAAAGGAUGAAAAGCCUCGGUCCAAAUGUGCCGGAAUUGAUCAUUUUGCCCGUCUAUGGUGCAUUGCCAAGCGAGAUGCAGACACGAAUAUUCGAGCCCGCUCCGGCUGGCAGUCGAAAAGUGGGGCUUUUUUUGAAUCCGAAAUUUUGUUUUAAUGUUUUCUUAGAUUUCCUAAAGCAAGAUGAAAUGUUGCCAACGCCGGUGCCAGAGAUCCAGCGCACUAAUCUCGCAUCGACAUUAUUGCAACUCAAAGCAAUGGGCAUCAACAACCUAAUUGAUUUUGAUUUCAUGGAUGCUCCCCCAGUCGAAGCGAUGAUUACAGCGCUGACACAACUGCACACAUUAAGUGCACUUGAUAACGACGGCCUAUUGACCAGACUUGGCAGAAGGAUGGCUGAAUUUCCACUGGAACCAAGUUUAGCGAAACUUCUCAUUAUGUCUGUGGAUUUGUGUUGCUCCGAUGAAGUUCUUACAAUUGUUUCAAUGCUUUCUGUGCAGAAUGUUUUCUACAGGCCUAAGGAUAAGCAAGAAAUAGCGGAUCAGAAGAAGGCGAAAUUUCACCAACCCGAAGGCGAUCACUUAACAUUGCUCGCGGACAUUCGAAAACAGCUGCUGAGUAUUAUGGAUCGGCACAAACUGAAUACAAUAAGUUGUGGGCGCGAUGUGCAACGCGUACAAAAAGCUAUCUGCUCUGGAUUUUUCCGAAACGCAGCAAAGCGAGACCCACAGGAAGGGUAUCGGACGAUUGUGGAUGGCCAGAAUGUUUAUAUUCACCCUUCGAGUGCACUCUUCCAAAAUCAGCCUGAAUGGGUUGUUUAUCAUGAACUUGUCAUGACAACGAAAGAAUACAUGCGCGAGGUGAUUGCCAUUGAGCCGAAAUGGUUGGUGGAAUUUGCGCCUUCAUUCUUUAAAAUGGGUGAUAAUACAAAGCUGUCGGCAUUCAAGAAGAACCAGACAAUCAAUCCAUUAUACAACAAAUAUGAAGAUCCGAAUGCCUGGCGUAUCACACGGCUCAAGAAGAAGAUUUAUAAUCCAAACCGAUAA